AUGGAAUGGACCUCGAAUUUAAUUUCAGAAAUUUAUAAAUAUCUCAAUCAUCGUGAUGAUACAGGUAUUGAUCGUCUUAAUCGUUUAUAUACAGUAGCACUUCUAUCAGCAUUUGUUACAUUAAUUUCUUCUCAACAAUACAUUGUUGGUGGACGUAUUGUUUGUUGGAUACCAAAAGAAUUUACUGAUGCACAUAAAGCAUAUGCAUAUGAUAUUUGUUGGUUAGGUCAUAGAAAUUAUUAUAUAUCAGAAAAUACUACUAGAUUAGAUAAUCCGUCAUCUCCAAGAACUCAUCCAUUUUUAAUUUAUCCAUGGCUUCCAAUAAUUCUAAUUGGUAUGACAGUAAGUUUUACUUUACCAUAUCUACUUAUUUGGCAUGGAUUAUCAACAAGAUCAGGUAUUGAUAUAAAACGAUUAAUAGAAUUAAAUGAUCAUGAUGCAUCAUCACGAUCAAUUCAUUUUAUAUUAUUCAAAAAAUAUUCAAUGAAAAGUAAUGGAGGAAUUUAUACAAUAAGAGAAUAUCUUACAAUUAGUAUUGAAAAAAUUUUAAAAAUUUUAUCAGUUAAAUAUGAUAUGUGGUCAUCAGAAUAUUUACCAAUUGAAACAAUGUGUGAUUUUAUGAUUCGAACACUAGGUCAAAAUAAUAAUUGGUAUACAAUACAAUGUAUUUUACCAUUUAAUUUAUUUACUAAACGAAUAUUUGCUUUAAUAAUCAUAUGGUUUACUAUAUUAUUAAUUUUAAAUAUAAUUGAUUUCGUAUAUAUUUGGUUAUGGAGACGAUUAUGGUUAAGUUCACAUAGAUAUGAUUAUAUUUUUAAUUUAUAUGAUUUAUAUGAAACAUAUCUUCAAAAAAAUAGAAAUAAUCAUAUGAUACAAUUAAAAAUUCAUAAUUCUAUACUUCGUCAAGAGUUUGCCUAUAAUUAUUUAAAAAUAGAUGGUUAUUUAUUACUUAAACUCUUACAUGCUAAUUCAUCAGAUAUAAAUAUAAGUUAUCUUGUUGCUAAUCUUUUUAAUCAAUUUUUACGUGCAAAAACUGAACAAUCUAGAAUAAUUAAAAGACAUGAUAAUAAUACUUUUGUAUAA